AUGGACGAGUACAAGAAGUACCUUGCGGACCAGGUCCUCAGCGAGGAGAAAAUUGUCACAUACAGAAGUCUUAGCAGGGCACUCAAGACUCAUGUCAAUACUGCAAAGGCUAUGCUGUAUGAGUUUCACCGAUCCCAGAAUGCCAUGCGCCCCGGCACCAUCCAUGCGACCUACUUGAUCUAUGGCAUUCGCAAAGUGGAGAACGUCCAAGAAGACGGCGAUGUCGAGAUGACCAGCUCUCCUCCCGAUGUCGAGCCUUUGUCCGAAGAUGUCGUCACUUACUCCUUGUCCCUGGUUCCUGGCGAUCGUCUGAAGGAGGUUCUGGCUACGUACGAAGAUGUUUCUUCGUUCCAUGUCUACAGUCUGGCUCGUCAUCCCAUCAGAAUGCUAGCAGACGUUGCCCAGCAGGUUCGCGAGCAAUCCAGUGAUGACAGCAUAUCCACGCUGGAGACGUACGGCUCUAUCACAAAUCCUAAUGUUCGAAAGCGCGAUCGCAAAGGCAAGCCAGUUCCUACGCCCGCGCCUGUUGCUUCGGCGGCCAAGCCCGUCAAGAAGGAACCGUCCCCAGCCACGGCAAAGCCCGCUGCCGACAAGAAAGCAGAGGAGCCGGUCAAGAAAGAGGCGAAGCCUGCUGCUAAGGAGUCUCCAUUCUCAAUGGCUGCCGGCAAGAAGGGUGCAGCACCUCCCCCCCUGAAGAAGAGCGGCUCUUCAGGUAUCAUGGGUUCGUUUGCGAAGGCCGCAGCAAAGGCUGCGAGCAAACCCAAGGAAGCACCGAAGAAGGCACCAUCAGUCAACGACUCUCCUGCUCUAUCCGACGACGGCGAAGACGAUGACGAGGAUAUUCCGGCUGCCAAACCCUCCUCUGAUGGAAGGAAGUCCAGAAAGGAGCGCGAGGCCGACUUGAAGCGCAUGAUGGAGGAGGAAAGUGAAGAAGAAGAAGAAGAGCCUGAGGAGAAGGAGGAGGAGCCCGAAGACGAGCCAAUGGAGGAACCUGAGCCUGAACCUGAAGCGAAGAAGGAACCAGAGCAGUCCGAGGUCGUUGCUAGCAGCGGCGACGGCAGACGGCGCGGCAAGAGGAAGGUGAUGAAAAAGAAGCAGAUCAUGGACGAUGAAGGAUAUCUGGUUACUAUGGAAGAGGCCGUCUGGGAGGAGUUCUCAGAAGACGAAGCACCGAAAUCAACUCCCGCUCCAGUUGCUAAGCCCAAACCUUCGACAGCCCCAAGCUCCGGCAGCCAGGCUUCGAAAUCCAAGAAGGCUGCGCCAAAGGGGCAGGGCAACAUCAUGUCGUUCUUCUCUAAGAAGUGA